GUAUGUUUGAUUGAUCUUGUACUUUAUCUUCUCCUAUAAAUCCUUUGGACAGUGAAGACACAACACUUAUUAAUCAUGGUACAUUCAAAGAAGUUCAGAGGUGUCAGGCAAAGACAAUGGGGUUCUUGGGUUUCUGAGAUCAGACAUCCACUCUUAAAAAGAAGAAUUUGGCUAGGGACAUUUGAGACAGCAGAAGCAGCAGCAAGAGCAUAUGACCAAGCAGCCAUUUUGAUGAACGGUCACACCGCAAAAACUAAUUUUCCAGUGACCAACAAAAAUGUUUCCGGCAACCAACACUCUCCGGCAUCCAACACGGAGAUACCGGCAGCCACACUGGCCGCGAAGCUGCGUAAAUGCUGCAAAGAUCCAUCACCUUCACUAACAUGUUUACGUCUUGAUAGUGAUAGCUCUAACUUUGGAGUUUGGCAGAAACGACCCGGAAAAGGAUCCGGAUCCGGGUGGGUCAUGAAGGUGGAGCUUGGUGGCAAGAGGAAAGCGGUGACGGUGGAGGAGACGACGACUUCGAUGGCGGUGGAAAAUGGUGGUGGUUCUGGUGAUCAAGCAAUUGAUGAUGAAAAUAAGGCGGUGAUGCAAAUGAUUGAAGAGUUGCUUAAUUGGAAUUCAACUCCACCUUCACUUUGUAUAGUUAAUAGUUGAUUAAUUAACCAAUAUGGUGUUUAUAAUAAUUUUAUAUAUAUAGUAAUAGUAAUAGUAAUCCUCUCAAACCAAUCAUUUUUAUGGAAUUAUAGGUAUAUUGUAAGAAGAUGUGAUUUUGUUUCACAGAAUAAGGUUGUAAGCUUUUAUCAUAAAGUAUAAAAGGCUACUUUGAUUGUUACCAUA